AUGGUUUAUUUUCGGCUGCUCGCAGUAGUAGCUGGUUCAGCGCUGGCAUAUGCGCAGACAGACGAUAUUCAAGGUGACAUUCAGACUCUCUACAAACAAAGAGUAGCGUCCAUCAUCCCCGGAAGCGGUGCUACUGCUGAGAACGUCCAGAAUUAUAUGUCUAAAAUUCGUGAGGACGGCACGUGGGCAGAUGUUGACUAUACCACCGGUUGUGACGCUCGGCGUGCCAACUGGCCAGCCAGCGUCCAUUGGACCCGGAUUCUCUCAAUGGCUGGAGCAUACUAUGGUACUCCAGGAGUUACUGAAUAUGCCAAAAGCCCGGAAUUAUGGGGUGUUAUAUCGCGGGCGAUGGAUUAUUGGUUUGCCAACGAUUUCAGCACAAUCGGUAACGGAGCAUGUAUGGAUGGGGGUGGUCUUUCGAUGAUCUAUGCCCAUGCGGAACUCCAGGAUUAUGGAAUACGAAUUGGUAUAGUAACACCUAUAUAUAGCAAUGUGAUACUCGUUCCUAGAACCGCUGGAUCAGCAUGCAUGCUACUGCGCGACGAGCUGACCCCGACACAACUGGGGAACUGUACACACAUGACUGCGCGUUCAUACGCAGUAUUCUAUCGCGAGAUCCAGCCAGCUUACACUGCUGGUGCAAACACACUAGAAAUCGCCUCAAUCGGAAUUUCUGCUGGGCUUCUGGAGAACAACCGCACUGGAAAUGCUACCAGAUUAUUCGAAGCAUUUGAUCGUAUUCAUAAUGGGCUUGUGGUUCAAAACGAAGACUAUGUAGAUGGUGUAAAACCGGAUGGCUCGUUUCACCAGCACAUCGGGAUGAUAUACAACGGCAACUAUGGAGGCGUCUUCUCCGGAAACAUUGCAGCACUUGAGUUGCAGUCGCUCAAUACGAGAUUCCAAGCAAACGAAACAGGCCGAAAUGUACUUGGGUUGCUCCUCGGAGGCACACAGUGGAUGAUAUACAGUGAUCCUGGAAGGAAGAAGCAUUUUUGGGACUAUACUGUCAUUCCCAGGUUCAUUUCCUUUGCACUUGCGGAUAAUCAAGCGAGCUCAGGCGUUGGAGGAGUGGACAAAAAUUACCGAAUCCUUGGCGAUUCAUGGAACCAAACCGAGAUGCAGAGGUUUGUCAGGGACUUGGAGCCGGUACCAACUUCAGUUAAUGCGGGACCGCUUGUCGGUAAUAGGAUGUUUUGGAGCUCCGACUACAUGGUCCAUCGUACAGAAGAUACUAUCACGACUCUCAAGCUCAUCUCAAAUCGAACGAAGAGCUCCGAGUGCACCAACACCCAGAAUCCUUAUGGUUUCCACCUUUCAGAUGGUGUCAUGUACCAAUAUUCUACAGGGGCAGAGUAUCAUGACAUGUGGGCUACCAUUGAUUGGAACCUCACCCCAGGCUCCACCACGGACUACAACGCUACAGUUUUGGAAUGUUCCAAGACCGAAGUACUUGGCAUUGAGGCUUAUGCGGGUGGAAUCAGCGCAGGAGAUGUUGGCGUUGCGGCUAUGAAGUAUCUCAAUCCUCAGACGCAGCAGUUCAGCUUCCGCAAAGCGUGGUUCUUUUUCUCCGAUAACGUCCAGCACGUUCUCGUCAACGGUAUCGUAUCAGGAACCAGUGCACCAGUAUACUCCAACCUCGACCAGAGACUACACAAGGGUGCUAUUUAUAUCAACGAUGACGAGGUUGAGAGCGGAAAUUAUAGCAGCGUGAAUAGAACGAAGAUAUGGCUUAACGAAGGAAACAAGACGGGCGAGUGGAAGAAUAUUGGCACGAGCUCCCAGCCGGCAUAUACUACCGACAUGUUUGCUGCGUCAAUAUUCCACGACCCAUCAAAUCUAGGCGGACCAAUCGAGUACUCCAUUUUCCCUGCGACAGGGUCGAACGAGGAUUUCAAGACUAAGGCCACCAAAACCACGCCUAAAACCAUUGCCAACGAUGGGACCGUAAGUGCAGCCGUCGACUCCGAAGGGCAUUUGAUGGGAGCUGCAUUCUGGGCCGAAGGCGGAGGCUCAGUUCGAGUCCCAACCAUGGGACUUAUGGUUCAUGUCGACCGGGCUGUCGCACUCGUGCUAAAGUAUGCUGGCGGACAGUCGGGCGAAAUAUACUUGGCAGACCCCACCCAUGAACCGGUACCGUAA